AUGGGUAACAAUUUACAAAAGAGAUCACAGAACUCCUCAUCAACGACAGUCCUGGAAGAAGAGAAGGUGCAAGAAAUUAAUACUAUGAAGAGUAAUAGACAAAAAGGGAAGCAUAUGAGAGGUAAAAGCAAGCGUGAAAGAGAACUAUUAACCUGGGACGAAAUUCCUGACUGGCAAAAGGAUAACGAGCACAUUUUAGGGGGGUAUAUUGGCGAAACGAAUAGUCUCAAAGAGUGCCUCUACAGUUUAUUCUAUUUGCACAACGAAUCCGUCAAUGUUUAUACCCAUCUCAUACCCGGAGUUUGGUUUCUUACGGUGUUACUUUUUGAUAAAUUUGCUAUUAAAAAAUUCGAUACAACAAGGAUUAUUGAUUAUUUUAUGAUAGAUUUAUUUUUCUUUGGCGCAUUCACUUGCUUGACUUUGAGUAGUAUAUUUCAUUGUUUGAAGUGCCACUCACUAGCAGUCGCAACAUUUGGAAACAAGCUAGAUUAUUUGGGUAUUGUUGUUUUGAUAGUCACUUCUAUGGUAAGUAUCCUAUAUUAUGGAUUUUUCGAAUCAUCAUGGCUAUUUUAUACGUUCACUUUGGUUACACUUUCAUUCGGAGCAGCGUGUGCCGUUGUUUCACUAGGUGACACUUUUAGAACCAGAGAAUGGAGACCGUAUAGAGCGGCAUUAUUUGUCGCUUUUGGUUUAUCUGCUGUCUUACCAAUAUUUGCAGGGGUGUUAUAUUUUGGUUUCACGGAAACUUACGAAAGAAUUCAGCUUAAAUGGGUAGUUUUGGGAGGUAUAUUCUAUAUUUUAGGUGCUUUCUUGUAUGGUAUAAGGUUUCCAGAGAGAUUAGCCCCAGGAAAAUUUGAUAUCUGGGGUCAUUCACAUCAGCUUUUCCAUUUAUUGGUUGUCAUAGCCGCUUUGUGCCAUUUAUGCGGUGUGGUAAAAAGUUAUGAAUUAGUUCACUUGAAAUUAGCGACAAAUGCUGGACAUUGA